AUGUCCCCAUCCGCCACUGAAACAACCACCACGGUGAUUGAGAACGUGAAAGCCGCCUUGACACCUUCAAAGCAAGAGGGGGACGGAGAGAACAAUGAUCAGUCAGCUGACAUUGAUGUGCUGCCAAAGCUCGAGGUUAAUCAUCGCGAACCAUUAAAGCUCAGCGGUGCCCUGGACCAGUUCAAGGCAUUCGAUGUAACCCCAGUCAUCGGGCGCGAGUUCAUUGACGCUGAUCUAGCCGAAUGGCUUCGAGCCCCAAACUCAGACGAGCUGAUCAGAGACCUUGGAAUCACCAUCUCACAGCGGGGCGUUGUCUUCUUCCGCAAGCAGGACAAUAUCACCGACGAUCUCCAAAAGGGACUUGUGCAGCGUCUGGGGGAACUAACGGGGAAACCGACCACUUCCAAACUGCAUAUUCACCCGGUGAACAACGCAUCGAGGGAGCAUGGAGGCAGGGACGAUGAGAUCAGCGUCAUAUCUUCUGAGCAGGCCAAAAAGCUCUAUUCCGAUCGCUACAAGUCGAUUAACAAUAAUAACCGGCAAUCCGCAAAGAGUCUGUGGCACUCGGAUAUUACCUUUGAGAAAGUCCCUAGUGACUAUGCCUUGCUGAGACUUACUCAGCUGCCAAAGACUGGAGGAGAUACACUUUGGGCCUCGGGGUACGAGCUCUAUGACCGCAUCUCGCCGACACUCAGAAGCUUCCUCGACACGCUCACGGCAUACUAUGCUCAGCCAGACUUCAACGCAGCAGCCGAGAAGAACAACUUCAAGCUUUUCGCCUCGGCGCGCGGCGCCCCUGAGAACGUCGGUGAAAUCCUCGAGGCCAUUCAUCCUGUCGUGCGCACCAACCCCCUGACUGGCUGGAAGUCUGUGUUCGCUGUGGGCCACCACGUCAAGCACAUCCACGGUCUAUCUGAUGACGAGUCCAAGUACUUCUUGGAUUGGUUCGUCCGCCUGAUUGUGGAGAACCAUGACCUGCAGGUUCGUCACCGAUGGAAUGACGUUAAUGAUCUCGCCAUCUGGGACAACCGCAGCGUCUAUCAUUCUGCGACGCCAGAUUACGUCGGCGAGGAAGGUUUGGGGGAGAGAAAAGGGUCUCGGGCAGUCAGUCUGGGGGAGAAGCCUUACUUCGAUCCGCAAAGCAAGAGCAGACGGGAGGACAAAAGGAACGCUUGA